AUGGACUAUGUUCGGACGGCGAUAAACGAAGAGUCCUCUCAAAUCUCUCGGCUCAACAACGACGAGAAUGCUGAUUGCGUCCACAUAAAGCUGCUGCGCAACAACACCUUUGUCACGGUGACCGAUCCCAAUGGAAACACCAAGAUCGGAGGGCUGAAAGCUUCAUCGGGGAUGGUGCCGGAGCUCAAAGGUGGGCCGAAGCUAUCCCGUUACGUAGCUGAAGCAACGUCGGAGCAUGUUGGAAGGAAAGCUAGAGAAAUGGGGUUGAGAUCAGUUGUGGUGAAGGUGAAUGGGUUCUCUUUCUUCAAGAAGAAGAGGCAAGCGAUCAUGAGCUUCAAAGAGGGGUUCGGGAACUCCAUAGUCUCUAUUGAAGAUACUACGCGUAAGCCACAUAAUGGUUGCAGGCUCCCGAAGAAGCGCAGAAUCUAG